AUGCUGCUGGAGCCCUCAGAACUGUUCACAUCGGCUUUGAAAGUUUUCGCAUCGUUCAGGAUUGGCUUGAAGGGUUCUACCGUCAACAAUACCUCAGCCGUUGCCGAAGAGUGUCCCAGAGCAUGCACAGGGUACUUGAGGAUGGUGUCGCUCGUGGUCUCGAGCUGCCGGCACCUCCGCGGGGCUUUCGAAUCCGACUGCAAGGCCACAAACGAGUUCUCGCUGACAGAUCGUCGCUUUUCCAUCGUAGAGCGGCCUUUCUUUCAGGUGGCACUACGUGGCACUUCGAGAAAAGUGUGGGGCCUCGCCGUGACCAGCUGCACCUCCGGUGCCUGUGCGGGGCACUGCGACCGAGCCGUGCUCACUUGCUUUGGGAGUGGCCUCGAUGGGCCCAAGCACCGGGGCGAGGAGCGGUUAUUGGCCAAACACCUCGACGAGCCUCCGCUUCCACCGCCCGCUGUGGAUGCUGAGGGGCUGAUUGACGAAGCGGCUGAAGCCAUUCAGACCGAGCUGCAGGAGUCCACGUCCAUUGCGAUUGCGACCGAUGGUUCUGCAAAGGACGGCGUGGCGGCCCAUGCGGUCGUGGUGCAUCAAUGUGCCAAAGCGUUCGCUGGUGGCAACAGUUGUGAAGACCAGUCUUCGUUUCGAGCCGAGCUAUGCGCUCUACUCCUGGCCCUUAAAGCUGUGGUUGUGGCCGCCUCGCGUGGAGCCAGGGGGAGCAUCACGAUAGCUGUUGACUGUUCAGCGGCCCUUCAGGCUCGCUUUUCGUGUCCAUCUCUCCCAUUGUUUUCUGUUCAUUUCCAGCAGCUUUCUGCCGAGAUCCGCGUCAUGGACCCCAACUCACUCUUCUUUCAGCGCUGCCUUCUUGAGCCGCUCGUGUUAAAGCUUGGGAGGAAGCUGCCGUCAAAGCUUCUGCUAGAGCAGCUGAGCGACUCCACUGUUUUCUUGAAAGCCUUCCCCGUGCAGGUAUACUUCCAGGAGAAACUUCUUUAUGGUUUCAUAUCAUGA